AUGGAUGUCCUGACCUAUGAUGAUGUGCAUGUGAACUUCACUCAGGAAGAGUGCACAUUGCUGAAUCCUUCUCAGAAGAGUCUCUACCAAGAUGUAAUGCUGGAGACCUGUAGGAAUCUCAGUGCUAUAGGAUACAUUUGGGAAGACAAUACUACUGAAGAAUAUUGUAAAAGUUCUGGAAGACAUGGAAGAUGUCAUAUGUCCCUAUGAAUGCAAGCCAGGAGAGCAUAGUGAUACUGAAAGAAGCAACAUACCUCUGUCUUUUCCAGAAAAAUUAGAAGAUGUACAGUAGAUACCACUUUGAGGAGAGUUUCUUAAUGUGGGCAAAGUU